UAUCACUGGUUCUUUUUUUCAUUCUACUUCGCUUCUUCUUUGUUUCUUUACUACGGUGCUCUUCUCUUUCCAUUUGCUUCCCCCAAACCAAUGGCGAGAUUCGUAGCGCGGGCUCUCCCGAUCACUCCAACGAGAUUCUCUCUUUCAUUUGCGCCACCAAUCGCCGCCGCUCUUCGGCCAUUGCCUAUGGCGUCGAAGGAGAGUCUUUCCGUUAUAUUUUCUCCUCCGGCUAUUAUGCCGCUCCUUUCCGUUUCUUGCCCUAAUAGAAACUACUUUGUAUCAACACCGACUUUGAGGCCUCCGCUUCCACCCAGGGGUGUCGGAGAGAAUGUUCGAGGUUAUAGAAAGGGGAGGUGGAGGCGGAGGCCCGUGGCAAGGAAGAAAUUAAACAAAGAGAAGCAACCGGAGCUUGUUGUUAGGAUCUGCAUUGAAGAAGAUUUGCCCGACGAUCCUGAAAUUACGAACAUUGCCGAGUUACUAAAAUUGGAUGUCCCCAUGGCCAUGGCACUCGUCUUCAGUCAUCUUGAUGUUGAAAAUUUUCCAACCAGAGACGUCUCCAUAAAUAAUAUUGGUAAAUUUGAAACAGUGGAGGCAUCUUUGUUGCUUUGCAAUGAUGACUUUAUUCAAAAGCUUAAUAAAGAAUGGAGAGAUGAAGAUCAUGCUACGGAUGUUCUAUCCAUGUCACAGCACAUUCCUGAAAUUGAUCUUCCUGUUCUAAUGUUAGGUGAUAUUGUAAUUUCUGUUGAAACUGCCGUCAGACAAGCAGAAGAGAGAGGUCACUCCCUUCUUGAUGAAGUACGGAUCCUCAUGGUUCAUGGCUUAUUGCAUCUUUUGGGGUUCAAUCAUGAAAUCAGUGAUGUAGCAGAGGAGGAGAUGGAGAAAGAAGAAGAAUUGGUUUUGAGUACCCUUGGAUGGAAAGGAAAGGGCCUAAUUAAGAGUACAUAUGAUUCCAUCACCAACGGAAACCACCAGACACAGGAUUUAGAUUAUUUUACAGAUGCUGAUAAAAUUAUAAUUGAAGACGAUGUACUUCCUCAUAGACAAAAAAUUAGCUAUAUCUUCUGUGACAUGGAUGGUACACUUUUGAACAGCAAAAGCCAAAUUACUCUGAAAACAGCAGAAGCCUUAAAUGAAGCAAUCUCAAGAGGAGUGCGCAUAGUAAUAGCAACUGGAAAGAGUCGUCCUGCAGUUAUUAGUGCUUUCAAGACUGCUAAUCUAGCUGGAAAAGGGGGUAUUGUAAAUGAAUCAUCACCUGGUGUUUUCCUACAGGGAUUGCUUGUAUAUGGGAGACAAGGAAGAGAGAUCUGUAGAAGAAACUUAGACCAGAAUGUUUGUAAAGAGGUUCUGCUGUAUUCUCUUGAGCGCAGAGUUCCCAUGGUAGCAUUCUCUGAAGACAGAUGCUUCACUCUUUUUGAUCAUCCUCUUGUCGAUUCAUUGCAUGAAAUAUAUCAUGAGCCAAAGGCAGAGGUCAUUCCUUCACCCGAGCAGAUUUUAGCAUCUUUUGAGAUUCAGAAGCUGCUUUUCAUUGACUCAGCUGAGGGAAUUUCUUCCACACUAAGGCCAUAUUGGUCAGCAGCAACAGAAGGACAAGCUACCGUUGUCCAGGCCAUGCCUGAUAUGCUAGAAAUUGUUCCGAUAGGGACAUCAAAAGGCAGUGGAGUAAAACUGCUGCUGGCUCAUCUUGGUGUUUCAGAGAAUGAGGUAAUGGCUAUUGGCGAUGGAGAAAAUGACGUGGAGAUGCUAGAGCUGGCAUCAUUAGGCAUCGCACUCGCGAAUGGUUCAGAUAAGGCUAAAGCUGUGGCUGAUGUAAUUGGAGCGACCAAUGAUGAGGAUGGAGUUGCAGAAGCAAUAUACAAGUACGUCUUAUGACAUGCAGCCAAAGCUCAAAGAUGAUGGGAAGAAGUUUGUACAACAUUUUUUAAUGGCUGGUAUAGCUCAUAUGUUAUUGCUAAUUAUAUGGGCGAAAUAUUUUUCUUGAAGGAAUGGAACUGAAAAUGAUCAACACUACGGGUUUCUCAACGGACGGUCAAUUAUCCGAGCUUCUUGUGAUAUGUUUUAGGGCAGACAACAAGUCUUGCACUCUAAUUAUAUAUUUCAAGGAGUUGCGAGAUAAUAUUCUAUCCGGAAUCCGGAUGUAAAUUACGUUCGGAGUCUAAUGAUGGGGCGUCACUUGUGUUAAGUGGGCCCCAUCAAAAUACACUGGUAUUGACCAGUGUUAAAAAUUGUGGGGCCCACUUGACAUGUGACACAUCGCCAUUGGACUUCAGAUGCAGCUGUAAUAUUUUUUCAGCAAGAGAUAAUAUUGCAUCCGGAUUCUGGAUGAAUGGUGCCUCACCAUUGGACUCCGGAUGCAUCCGGUGUCCGCAUGUAAUUUUUUUUCAAGUGCUUUUGGUGGUAUAAUUACUGAAUUAGCGAUGCUGUUUUCUUCUUUAAAAAAAUGAUAGAUGGGCCAGGGCACUCUUUUGGGGGGUUUGAAAUUAUUAUGGUGUGGAGGGCUGAAGGAUGAUGUUUAACUAGAGCCUGUGGAAAUAUGAACUAAAGCCCAUUAAGGGAAAAGAGUGCUGUGCAUGAUGGGGGGCAGCAAUGCUUUUUCAUUUCCGCAUGUUAGGGAGACAAGAAGGGUUUCUAAGGAAGAAUUUGUUCAAAAUAGCAUUACUGGAUGGGCAUGUGGACAUUCGCUUCAUUGUCUCUUAUCUUAUAUGCCCAAAGUUAUAUUUUUUUGUUUGUGGGGGAACAUAACAUAUAUGUAACGCACAAUAACCAUACAUUUGUGUAUU